GCGACCCAAUCAACCAAAUCUUAGGGUUAGAGAAGACACAGGACAGAGACGCGCUCAGCGGCAGGAUGGAAGCUGAGGGGUCCCAGAACUCUGAGGAGCUGCCACCGCCUGCACAGUCCCCACCACCACCGCCGUCCCCAAGGUCUCCCUUGUCCCCGGAGACUCCUGAGCUCCCAGAGCCCAAGGCUCCCACCGAGGUCGAAGCCAGGCAGCUGCUGCUGGAAGAAUGGGGACCCCUGAGCGGGAAGCUCGAGCUGCCACCGAGCCUCAGCUGGAGGCUGCUGUUCCUGGAGCGGCCGCUCUACCGCAACCUGCUCAGCUCACCCAACCCCGAAGGCAUUAAUAUCUACCAGCCGGCGCCCCCUACAGGUCCCACGCGGAAGCCCCUGACGGACCUGGGUAAUUUCCGCGGAUGGUACAUUACUACUGAGAACCUGCAGGGGCCCCUCAGCUGGACCGUGAAGGAGCAAUGUGUGAACUUGCUGGCCAAGAAGCUUUGGGAAGAACUGCUGGAUGAUGAACAGCCUGACAUCACCAUCAUGGACUGGUUCGAGGACAGCCGUCUGGACCAGUGUGUUUAUGAGCUGCAUGUCUGGUUGCUAGCAGCUGACCGCCGCACUGUCAUUGCCCAGCACCACGUGGCCCCUCGGACCAAUGGCAGAGGUCCCCCUGGCCGUUGGAUUCAGGUGUCCCACGUCUUCCGCCAGUACGGUCCUGGAGUGCGCUACGUGCACUUCCAGCACAAGGCCAAGAACCGCAUGGAGGCUGGCGGGCUGCGGAGGACAAGGGUGACCGACUCCUCAGUGUCUGUGCAGCUCCGGGAGUGACUACUGACCGGCUCACCAAGUCUAUCAUGACCCUUUGGAAGUCCGUGGUGUUUGUCACCUCUCAGGCCUGAGCAUUUCCAUGAUGCUACUGCUUCCUGCCCCUCCCUAUGUGUGUGCAUAGCCAAAAUCUGACCCUCUGGUCACCUCUGACCCCUC